AUGUCAGAUAAGUUUGGAUCAUAGAAGUAAUAGAGUAGUGUCUCUGUUUUCUAUGAGUAGAUUGUUUAAGAAUAUCAAAGAUAAGAGUUGGCCUAGAUGGCUACUCUCGAUAAGAUUGCUGAAUCUAAAAGUGGCAAGAGUAAGAAGAAGUAGAAGGGUGGUAUGGCUAGCGCUGUGUCAAGUACUGAAAAAAUCAGAACUUGGACUGAGCAUUUAAUAGAUCAAGAGGACCUAGCAAAACAGUUGGAGACUGUUACAAAGGUUGAUCCCAUGGAUAAAGAAUAUCAUGGGUUGACAGAGCAUCAAGCUCUGGAGGCCUUGAAGAAGUGGGGACCUAACACAUUGAGUGAGAAGAAGGGAUUACCUUGGUAUCUAGAGUUUCUACUAGCAAUGACUGGACUGUUCAACUAUUUACUAUGGUCAGGAUCUUUACUUUGCUUCAUUUCAUAUGGAGUGCAAGAGGAUAAGUCCGAUGCUUCUAACUUGUAUCUUGGAAUUGUGCUAGCAUUGGUCAUUAUUAUCACUGCUAUUUUCUCUUACUCAUAGACUAGUAAAUCUGCUGCACUGAUGGCACAAUUCAAAAACUUCAUUCCUCCUAAGGCCUAAGUCUUCAGAGAAGGAAAAAGAAAGGAGAUUAAUGCUGCUGAGCUAGUACCAGGUGAUAUCGUCUUUAUUGAUACUGGUGAUAACAUUCCAGCUGAUGUUGUCCUUAUCAAGACUAGUGAGAUGAAAGUUAACAAUGCCUCCUUGACAGGAGAAUCUGAAGAACUACUUAGAAUUCCAGAGGAAAAGGCAAAGAAUAUUUUUGAAUCUCCCAACGUUGGAUUCUUUGGUACUGCUUGCACCAGUGGAAAUGGAGUUGGUAUUGUAUUCAAGACUGGAGAUCUUACUGUUAUUGGUCAAAUCGCUAAUCUUGCAUCAUCUGCAGAGACAUCAGAAACACCACUUUCUCUAGAAAUUGAGAGAUUUAUCAAGUUUAUCUCAACAAUUGCCGUAUCUCUUGGAGUAAUUUUCUUCAUUCUGGGAUUCAUCUAUGGAUACGAUGCUAUUACAAAUCUCAUUUUCAUGAUUGGUAUUAUUGUGGCUAAUGUGCCAGAGGGUCUUUUGGUUACUGUUACAGUAUGUCUAGCUCUUACUGCUAAGAAAAUGGCCUAGAAAAUGGUCUUGGUUAAGAAUUUAGAAUCAGUCGAAACACUAGGUUCUACAUCUUGUAUAUGCUCAGACAAGACAGGUACUCUAACUCAAAACAAGAUGACAGUAUCUCACUUAUUCUAUGAUUUUGGAAUGGUUGAUGCCUCAAUAAGUUAUGACAGAUAUCUAGCUAACAAAUAAAUUCAACUUGGCUAUAACAUCAAUGAUGUUGGAUUCAAGGAACUUAUGCAAGCAGUUACUCUUGGAACAAAAGCUUCAUUCUAAUACAUGCCAACUCCAGAUGAUUUGAAAACUUAACUUGCUAAGAUGAAGAAUAAGAAGUCAGAUCAUUUCAAAAAUCAUAUUUUGACUGAGGACGAGAAAAAGAUCACGACAGAAGCUUUACUAAAGGCAGAAGCUGAUUAACCAGUUACAAACAAGAAAUGUAUAGGAGAUGCUUCAGAAACUGGUUUAAUUAAGUUCAUUUAACCAAUGUUUGACCUUGAGGAUUAUAGAAGAAAGUAUCCAGUAUUUACAUUCUAGUAAGAUGGUAAACCAACUGAAACAAUGAUUCCAUUCUCUUCUGAAAUUAAAUUCAACAUGUAUGUUAGAGAUAUGAAUGAGAAUGAUAAAAAUCCACAACAUGGUAAUGAUGGACUUAUGCUUGUUAUGAAAGGAGCACCUGAGAGAAUUCUUAGCAGAUGUAGCAAAAUUUUGAUCAACGGAGAGGAAAGAGAAUUCGAUGCUGCAGCUAGAGCUGAAGUUAACAAGGCAAAUGACUAAUUAGGAAAGCUCGGAGAAAGAGUCCUUGCUUUUGCUAGAUACAAUCUUGAGCCAAAGAUUUACACUAAGACUCCACCAUAUCCAUUUGAUGUGAAAGGAUGGAAAAAGUGGAAGGAUGUAACUGAGAGAGAUGAAAACAUUAAGGGAUGGUUCCCAAUGUUCAACCUUACUCUCGUUGGUUUAGUUUCCUUGAAUGAUCCUCCAAGACCAAGAGUUGAUAUGUCAGUAUCUAAAUGCAGACAAGCUGGUAUUAAAGUUAUUAUGGUUACUGGUGAUCAGCCUCCUACAGCUGCAGCCAUUGCUCACAAAGUUAAUAUUAUCACAAACCCAGCUCUCGAAUACAACUAUCUUAAGGAUGAAAUGAAAAUGUCACCAGAAGAAGCUUGGGAAAAAUGCAGAGCUAUUGUCAUUCAUGGAGAUUUAUUGGCUGAAAAACACGCUUAAGAAGAAAACUUAGAUGACAUGGAUCCAGAAAAAGGAAGAUUCCUAAUUGAGUGGAUUAGCAAACCUGAGGUUGUUUUUGCUAGAACUACCCCAUCUUAGAAACUUUUGAUUGUUGAUGCUUGCUAGAGAGCUGGCCAUGUAGUGGCUGUUACUGGUGAUGGUGUGAACGAUUCCCCUGCUAUUAAGAAGGCUAAUAUUGGUAUUGCAAUGGGUAGUGGUUCAGAUGUUGCUAAAAAUGCUGCUGAUAUGCUCUUGCUCGAUGAUAAUUUUAGUUCUAUUGUAAAUGGAGUUGAAUAAGGUAGAGUCAUCUUCGAUAACCUUAAGAAAUCAAUUACUUAUACACUCUCAUCAAAUAUUCCAGAGCUCGUUCCUUUCAUAUCAUUCAUUAUAGUUCAGAUACCUCUCCCACUAUCAACUAUUCUCAUUCUUUGCGUUGAUAUUGGAACCGAUAUGUAUCCUGCCGUUUCUUUUGCCUAUGAAUAUGCUGAACUAGAUAUCAUGGAGAGAAUGCCAAGACAUUCAAAGAGAGAUCAUCUUGUGAGUGCUAAAUUGCUAAGUUUCGCUUAUAUGUAAACUGGGUGUUUAUAAACUGCAAGUGCUUUCUAUACUUAUUGUUAUGUAAUGAAUGACUAUGGUAUUAGACCUGUAACCAUGAUGUUUUUAGCACUUGAAAAGGGUUACUUCCCACAUGAGAAUGAUUCAUAUGAUCCAAAUCUUCCAAACUUUGGAAAUACAUAAUAUGGAUACGAUAGAACAUCAAUUUUCUGGGAUGGUAGUUUGGACUCCUAUGUGGACAUUAGACUUUUCUAUAUACAUAGACAGAGAAAUGAAUGGUCAAAUUGUAGAUGGGAUCCUAAAGACACAGAUAUUCCUAGAUUCUGGAGAAUUUCUGAUGUUUCCGAUACUUAAAUCUGUUAUACUACCGAGGCUCAGAAAUACGGAUAAGGUGCAUUCUUGAUUUCAGUUAUCGUCUCUCAAUGGGCUAAUUUACUUAUCUGCAAGACUAGAACUCUAUCAAUAUCUCAAUAGGAAUUAGGAAAUCAAGUAGCCAACACUUCCCUCAUAUUUGAAACUGCUCUUAUUAUCUUUAUCAGUUAUGUCCCACCACUAGAAGUUGGUCUUGGAACAAGAGCUGUUGCCUGCUCACAUUUUGCAAUCCCAGGAAUGUCAUGGUUUAUGAUUAUCUUCUUCUAUGAUGAAGUCAGAAAGAUAUACUUAAGACAUGGUAUAGAUAAGUCUGAAAAAGGAAAAAUUAAGUAUACAGGUUGGAUUGCUAGAAACACUUUCUGGUGA